AUGUUUUCUCGGCUCCGUUCGGGAUCUGGUGCAGCCCGCGCAGCCCUCUGCCGACGGCUGGAGCAAGCCGUCGGCAAGAGGUCCGUAAGCAGCUCUACGGUUGGUGGCUAUGAAGUUUUCGACCACUCCUACGACGCCGUGGUCAUCGGCGCGGGUGGUGCAGGUCUCCGAGCUGCUGCCGGCUUGGUGAACCACGGCCUGAAGACGGCCUGCAUCACUAAGGUCUUUCCCACAAGAUCACACACGGUGGCAGCACAAGGUGGCAUCAACGGUGCUUUGGCCAACAUGACCGAGGAUGACUGGCGUUGGCACGCCUAUGACACCGUGAAGGGUGCCGAUUGGUUGGGAGAUCAAGAUGCCAUCCAACACAUGUGCAGAUUGGCUCCAGAGGUCAUUUUGGAGCUGGAGUCUUUUGGUCUGCCCUUCUCGCGAACCCCCGAGGGCAAGAUCUAUCAACGAGCCUUCGGCGGGCAAAGCCUGAAGUUCGGCAAAGGUGGUCAAGCCUAUCGCUGCGCUGCUGCAGCGGACCGUACGGGCCACGCCAUUCUGCACACCCUCUACGGCAUGGCCUUGAAAUUCGACUGCCUGUUCUUCGUCGAGUACUUUGCAAUGGACCUCAUCAUGAGCGAUGAUGGCAAGUGCUUGGGAUGUGUGGCCAUGUGCAUGGAGGAUGGCUCCAUCCAUCGUUUCGGUGCCCACAGCACCAUCAUCGCCACCGGCGGAUUUGGACGCGCCUAUCAGUCCUGCACCUCUGCUCACACCUGCACAGGUGAUGGCAGCGCCAUGGCCUCCCGAGCUGGACUGCCGAUGCAGGACUUGGAGUUUGUGCAGUUCCAUCCCACAGGUAUCUUCCCUGCAGGUUGCCUGCUGACCGAGGGCUGCCGGGGCGAGGGAGGCAUCCUUCGCAACAGCGAGGGCGAUCCCUUCAUGGCGCGCUACGCACCCACCGCCAAGGACUUGGCCUCCCGAGACGUCGUGAGUCGCGCCAUGACUCUGGAGAUCCGCGAGGGACGUGGUGUGGGACCGAACAAGGACCACAUCUACCUGCACUUGGAUCACCUUCCUCCUGAGACGCUGGCGGAGCGUCUGCCUGGCAUCUCCGAAACGGCCAAGAUCUUCGCGGGCGUCGAUGUCACCAAGGAACCGGCUCCAGUGCUGCCAACGGUGCAUUACAACAUGGGUGGCAUCCCAACCAAUUGGAAGACACAGGUGGUCAGGGACGCAGAGGACACCAUUGUCCCUGGACUGCUUGCGGCUGGAGAGGCCGGUUGCGCCUCCGUGCACGGCGCCAACCGUCUGGGCGCCAACUCCCUGCUGGAUCUGGUCGUCUUCGGACGCCAGGCGGCGGACACCACGGCGGAACUGGUGAAGCCGAACAGCCCUCCAAUCAACCUUCCAAAGAAUGCGGGUGAGGCUUCGAUUGCCCGCAUGGACAAGAUCCGAAAUUCCAAGGGAGCCAUUCCAACUGCUGACCUCAGACGUGAGUUGCAGGUGACCAUGCAGAAGUACGCGCCAGUGUACCGAAAUUCUGAUGACCUGAGGAAGGGAAAGGAUGUCAUCGUGGAAGUCAUGAAGAAAUACAAGGACCAGCUGACGCACAGCGCUCCUCGAGGGUGCUAA